AUGCCUCGCCGGAUGGAGAAGUUCCUGCAGAUCGCGCCGCACUCCUUGGCCAUCGUCCUGAGCCCCCGCGGCGGCGAGGCUGCCUCGCAGCCGGCGGGCAGCGGAGACCCGCCGGGGCGGCGAGGCGGGGCAGAGCCCGCGGCGGCGGGGAGCGAGCUGGGGCGCCGCCACACCGGCUACGAGAUCUUCGCCGACUUCAAGCAGGAGAACAUGCAGCACUUCUGGAACCAGAAGGUGACGGCGGCCGUGGCCGAGACCUUCUUCCUGGGCUGGCUCGACGAGCAGGUGCUGCUGGUCCAAGGCAAGGAGGAGCACCUGGAGGCGCUGCGCGAGGGCUGGGCGCGCCGCGCCCUCAAGCCGCCCGCCGGCUUCCAGAUCAAGUGCCUGGGUGAUGUAUCGCCCAUCAGUAUGUCUCCCAUCAGUCAAUCACAGUUUAUCCCACUUGGGGAAAUCCUUUGCUUGGCCAUCUCUGCAAUGAACUCAGCACGAAAACAAGUCACGCAAGAAGCACUAAUGGAACAUCUAACAACCUGCUUUCCAGGUGUUCCAACUCCAAGUCCAGAAAUCCUUCGUCAUACCUUAAACAUGCUUGUGCGAGAGAGGAAGAUAUACCCAACUCCCGAUGGCUAUUUCAUUGUGACUCCACAGACUUAUUUUAUAACGCCAUCCCUUAUAAGAACUAAUAGUAAAUGGUACCAUCUUGAUGAGAGGAUACCUGACAGGUCUCAGUGUACCUCUCCACAGCAAGGAACUAUUACUCCUUCCACCUCAGGCUGCGUCAGAGACCGAACGUUACCCAAAAACCACUGCGAUUCUUGCCAUUGUUGCAGAGAAGACAUGCACAGCAUGCAUGCCUCCACCCUACAGAGAAAAUCAGCAAAAGACUGCAAGGACUCCUAUUGCCCCCCUUCUCUGUGCCAGGUGCCACCCACUGAAAAAAGUAAAAGUACUGUAAAUUUUUCAUACAAAACUGAGACGCUUACAAAGCCUAAAGAUGGAGAAAAGCAGUCUAAAAAAUUUGGGCUAAAAUUGUUUCGGCUAAGUUUCAAAAAGGACAAGACAAAGCAACUGGCCAAUUUUUCUGCCCAGUUUCCUCCUGAGGAAUGGCCUUUAAGGGAUGAAGAUACUCCUACCACUAUACCUAGGGAGGUAGAGAUGGAGAUUAUUAGGCGCAUUAACCCAGAUUUGACUGUGGAAAAUGUUAUGAGGCACACUGCACUAAUGAAAAAACUUGAAGAAGAAAAAGCUCAACGAAGCAAGGCUGGAUCUUCAGCUCACCAUAGUGGGAGAAGUAAAAAAAGUAGAAGUCAUAGGAAAUCUCAUGGAAAAUCUCGGUCACACAGCAAAACUCGAGUGUCUAAAGGAGAUCCUUCAGAGGGCUCCCAUUUGGAUGUACCAGGUGAAAGAGACUAUGAUUUUUAUGAUCCCCUCACUAGGUCCCCACGGGAAGGCUGCUUUAUAAUUGAACACAAAAGGGACAACUUUAUCAUGCACGCCAGUCCUAAUGUUCUUGAGUCUCAUUUUCCAAUGACACCUGAAUGGGAUGUAUCUGGUGAACUAGCCAAAAGAAGAACUGAGAUGCCUUUUCCUGAACCAUCGAGAGGAAGCUCCCAUUCUAAGGUCCAUCGAAGCCACAGCCAUACGCAGGACCGACGAUCAAGAAAUGAGAGGUCUAAUAAAGCCAAGGAGCGGUCUCGAUCAAUGGAUAACUCAAAAGGACCUCUGGGUGCUGUCUCAUUAGGUACACCUGAAGAGAUAGCUGAAGCUUGCAGCCAAGAUGACCAAACAACUAGCCAAACAUACAUUGAUGAUAGCACCUUAAGGCCUUCACAGUCACUUAGUCAUCAAAGGGCUCUGAUGUCAUCCGCAAACUACAAAGAGAUAGUUAAACCUGAAAAGACAGGUGGCAAUGCAGAUACUCCCUGUAGCUUGUUGGAACAAAGCAAGCCAGCAGAGAAUUUACCAAGCUAUAAUGAGCUCAACACUUGUACAACAAAAUCAGCCACUGAUGAUUAUUUUCAGUGUAACACUUCUAGUGAGACUGUACUUACAGCUCCUUCACCUAUGGGAAAGAAUAAAGAUGAGCACGACACAGUGACUUUGACAGAUAGUAUUAAAAAAGUGUCUCCUUCAGAAAGAUCAUCACAGCACAUAGCCAGAGAUCCUGGAGUACACAAAGAAGAGUCACCUAAAGGACCAACUAAUAGCGGCGGGCUGACUGCCACUAGCCAACCCCCUGAAGUAAUUGCAAAUGGCCGAUUGGUUCAACAUCACAACACAGAAUCUAGUAGCCUUGAUAAGCGGAAAGAAAUAUUUAGCAAAGACACCCUCUUUAAGCCUCUCCACAGUACCCUGUCGGUUAACAGUUUCCAUAAGUCCAGUGUGCCACUACUCAAACCUCAUCAAAAGACACUGUCAGACACAUUGCCAAGCAGAUGUGACAAACUUGAGCAAGCGAUGGUGACCUCUGUUACACAAGUCAUUCCUGUUUCACAGAGACAACAAGAGCCAGCUGGGAACCAGGAGGCAUCGUUUGAUUAUUACAACGUAUCUGAUGAUGAUGAUUCUGAUGAAGGGACAAAUAAGAAUGCCGAAGAGGAGAAGAACAGGGAUGACGUGGGCACUAUGCAGUGGCUUCUUGAGCGGGAAAAAGAAAGAGACCUGCAAAGGAAGUUUGAGAAAAAUCUCACACUCCUUACUCCAAAGGAAACUGAAAACAGCAACAACCAGAGGGCCACACAUUCAGCUAGGCUGGACAGCAUGGAUAGCAGCAGCAUCACUGUUGACAGUGGGUUCAAUUCUCCACGUACUCGUGAGAGCUUAGCUUCCAACACUUCGAGUAUUGUUGAAAGCAACCGACGUCAGAACCCAGCUCUCAGUCCUGCGCAUGGUGGUGCAGGUCCAGUGUUCAGCUACCGAGCCACUGCUGACCCACCUACGAGCGAAGCUGAAAAACUGCAGAAACCUGCUAAUUGCCUGCAAGCUUCUGUUACAAGUGUUUGAUAGUGCUUCUGCCUCAGAUCGUCUGUCUCAUCCUAUACAGUAAAGUUUACGGCACUGGGACUAAUGUUUACGUUUUUGGGAGGGGGAAAAAAACCAGGCAUCUCAACUGCACAGUUUUUUGUGUGUCUACUUAAACUGUGCUGCUAAGUAGGCUAGGGGCAACAAAGAAAUCUUUCUUUCAAGGUAUUGCUUUUCACAUUUGCGGCUCUGUAGCAGCAGAAUAGCAGUAGGGAUAAUAUGUACACUUUUGCUUCACUUAAUUGUAACUGAGCACAUAUAUGAAAGUCUAGACACUGUAAGUGUAAUCUGCAUUUUCAAUGUCAUGCAGUUGCCAACUUCAUUUAAAAAAUGCCACAGAUAUGUGAUGCCCUCCUGCCACUGGUUAAGCUCUUCACUGCAGAGUUGAUGCUUUUCCUGUAUAACAGAGCCUUCAUUGAAAGUAAACAGCUAAGAGUCACCUUGAGGGGAAAACAAUGCCAAACGAAACUUAGGGAUAGACCUCAGCCACUACCUGUGAAUUAUUUAUACAUCUGUCAUUUUCACUGUGAGUUUUCAUGACAUGAUCUUGCAAGAAUCCAUAGCCAAUGUAAGUCAAAAGGUCAUGUUUUAAAGAUGUGGGACGAAGUGAGAGAUAAUGGAGAUGCUGUUUAUUUUUGCUUUGUUUGAUUUCUUUAAAAAUAUAUAAUAGGCUUGCCUAAAAUGUAUUUCUUAAUUUCCCCUAGCUGCAAGCAGGGAUACAAGACUCUGAAUUUAAGGUGAGGAAGGAGAAACCUAACUUUGAUUGGAGUGUGUCACUAAGUGAUAGAAGAGAUAACAAAGAAAGGUAGUUUUUUAAAUAUACAUACAUACAUAUAUAUAUAUAUAUAUAAAUUGAGAGAUAUAUAUAUAGGGCUUUUUUCUGGGAAAAGAGGUGGUGGAACUCACCUCGGAGAAAAUGGUCAUAUGGCUGGUGGCCAAUCUCAACUCCCCUCUGUCUGGAGAUCAGGGGGCGGGGCCACCAGCCAUGUGACCAUUUUCAAGAGGUUCCGGAAUUCCGUUCCACCGCAUUCCCACUGAAAAAAAAGCCCCUGUAUAUAUAUAUAUAAAUCAAGUUAGGUGUUCACUAUGCCACACCAGUUGGUACUCCAAAUUACUAUUGAAAUAAUUUGUUUGAACGAAGAAAAAGAAAGCUCUUUGUGAUACAAAUGAUGAGUAAAUAGCCUGAAGAGUUGAUUUCUUUCUAUGGAAGGACAUAUUUCUAUUUUAUGUAACUUUUAGAGUGCCUAAAUUAGGCUGUUGAAACUAGCAUACACUGUAGACGUUAUCAGAGAACAGAGUUAGAGACUAAUAAACUUCAGGCCUUUUAUUGAAUUACAUUUCUUUGUGAGUUAACGUUGUAUGGAAAUACUUAGUUUUAAAAAGUUAUACAAGUUGAAAUUAAACAUGUUCAGAAGGAUCACUGGUAAAGAGAUUACUGUUCUAGUCUGAAAGAAUGAGAGAUGAUAAAAACAAAUUUCAUUGAUGUACUCAAAAGCUUGCUAAGUUUUUCAUCAACAAAGGUUAGUUCAAUAAAAGACAUCGCUUUACCUCUUUUUUUUUGUGUGUCUCACAAAGUUGAUAGCAGAAGUUUUGUAUCUACAUAUUUGCUAUAUCUGUGCCCUGAACUGCUAAUCCAAAGUAAUUUUAAAAACCUAUUUCUGUUAAUUUUAGAGGGUUCCACAAUUUCAAGAGUAAACUUUACAAGUAUCAAGGGCCAAAUAUCGCUCACCGUUGUUUAUGCGAUCUCAUACUCCGGAAAAUGAUUUUCAUAUCAUCAUAAUGAUAGUACUAAUAGAAGAAGAAAAAUAGUAGUUCAGAAGCAAUGUAAAAUGCUGAAUGUGCAUUGAUAUAUACACUUUCUGUCUUUUGGUCAUACCCAGGUGCUAUAACCAAGUGUACCAGUAAAGACAGCAUUUUCAUCCAGUAAUGAAAGCAAGCUCAAGCUUCUCUUGUGUUCUCUGUUGUCUUCUGAAGGUGCACUCUUAUUCUUAAACAUCUUUCAGGUAGCUUCUGACAUAGCUUUAUAAAACUGGACACAGUUGGUUUUAGUUUACAGUGGAAUAGGUCAUGCCAUUGCCAAUCAAGGAGUUCUCGUAUGUGUUCCUGGAGACCUAUACAAGUUUUCUCUUUUUGAUGGUGGGAAGUGCUUGGUACAAGUUGUGCACACUGAGCAUUUGGAAUCCUGUGGAGCUUUUGAGUUGCACCACUUAUACCUACAACAAACAGUCAAAUCAGGUCUAGGAAGAUUCUUUAUUGUCAUGUAAAAAUUCUCUUUGCUACAAGCAGUAAAGAUAGCUCAGUGCAUGGAGUCAAGGUUAUUCUGCUGCUUGGUUGGUUCAUCACUUGGCUUCCUGCCUUAUAAAUACCUUCGAAGCUGUGUUGUAAUAACCCAGGAAUGCAUUGCCUGACAAAUUUUAUUGCUUACAUAUGUAACUCUGGGAAUAUUUAAACCAGGCAGACUCCAGAGUCAUUAGUGUGUUUAAGGGGGAAUUGCUUAUAACACCAUACGGCAGCUAAUUAUGAUUUUUUUUUUGUUUUGAGAUGUGCUCUGAUAUUUAUAGUAUGUAUCAGUUCACUAAAUAAAAUGGCUAAUGUGGUAUCUUAAUUUAUAGCUGAAAGCAAAACAAAAAAUGGUAAAAUACAGUAUUAAAAUGUGAAUAGGGAAGAUUCUAGCACGUGAGAAACAUUCUUCCUUUAGUUCUUUAAAUUAAAAUUAUUGAAACUGAGAAUGGAGAAAUUAUAAAGAUGAUACCAGGGCUUUUUUUCUGGGAAAAGAGGUGGUGGAACU